UUUGGUCUACAAAUUGAAGGAUAUAUAGUAUUAAGUAUAAAAAAACAAUCACUGUCCAGUUUUCUAUAAUAACAUCGUAAGUAUUAGCUGAAAACAAAGCCUUGAAGCUAAAACUAAAUUCCUUAUUAUGUAGUUGUAAGUUGCUUAGCAACAACGCUUUACGCGAGAUGUUUCCAGUCGCUUCAGGCGUAACAUUUUUUAUUAUUUUUGCGGGGUGCUGUGUUCCUGUUCCAGAUCAGAAGUGGUGUUUCGAAAAUGCAAUGUUGGAAAAAUAUAAUGUAUAAGCAAAUUAAUAUCGACAGAAGUUCGAUGAAAACAUAAGUCAUCUAAAUAUACAUUGCACUUGGUUUUAAAAUAGAGAUAUCCAACAACAUAGAACAAUCUUUCUUAAAUUUUAAAGAUUUCUGAACCUAGGCACCAAAAAUUUAAAUCGUCUUGUUUUUUUAAGCCUAUAAUAGAAAUCUGUAACAGGAUGGAACGAGAAACACAACUGUGACGUUACAAAAAAAGUGGCAAAUCCUUUGAUCUUCAGUUCUGCACGUGUAGGCAUAUACAGAUUAGCUAAACUGUUACAGUUAGUUCCAUUGUAAGUUCUUUACCCCAACUGUAAGCAGCUUGCGUUGUACAGUUCGCUAAAACUGUGUAAAGUUACUCUAUAGUGAUUUUAGGUGUAGGCUGUACAGUCCACAAGAGCUAUAAAAGCGUUAACCAUUUAUAUACGUCCUAUAGUUUAAAGUCACCAGUCAGUGUUAAACAGUAUUUAUAUUACCCUGUCGUGCGUAAAACUUGCUUCGCUAUGAAUAGAAAAAGUUACAGCGUUCAGGGGCUUCAUGGCAUGCCACAUAAUCAGUGGCAAAGGUCAAGACAACACUUUACAGGAACCUCUAUUGCAUCUCCAUUUCCCCAAUCCCAGAACAAUGAGCUUACUGCACCAAGCAUACGUUUGCCGCCACUUUUACAGCACGAAAGAAUGCAGUAUCCAAGACAACCAGUCCCCAUAAGACGACAAGUUCCCAUACGAUCGCAAGUUCAAAUACGCCCACAGUUUCCUUCGAAUCAACAAAAACGGCACUUACACAACAAUGAGUCAAACUUGUAUGGCCCCGGAUCAGCUAUGCGUUUACCUCCAUCGAACUGGCGUCCCCCAGCACUAUCUGCCAGUCACCACCUUCACAGACCUUCGGUGCCUCCUGCCCGCCGUACCACAAGGCCCAGAGUUCAGUGUUGUGCCUUUUGUAAAAGUAACAGAGAACCUAUGGAUUUCUACUCCACCCAUUUAAUUCGUGACUCGACCGGCCGUAUCACAUGCCCUGUUUUACGAAGACAUGUUUGCCGCUUUUGUGGAGCGACCGGAGAUUUUGCCCAUACAGCUAGCUACUGUAUUCACAAUCCAGAAAGGGGAUCUUCAAUGAAAACAGUUCUAAGCACCCCGACGAUGUCUUCGGGUAGAAAGAGAAAUGCACGCAAAUAGGAUAGUUUAUAGAACAAAGUAGUUCGUUUUCCGUAGUGUUUUUUAUACUUUCGUUUAAAACAUUGAAUUGAUUAUGCACAUA